AUGAGUGAACAGGACGUGUACCUUCCUAAUAACAGUGCGAAUGGGCGUGUGGUCACCGCAUCACUCGUGAUCGCACCGAGGUGGGUAAUCAAAUCCCCAGAUUACUCACUACUUGCCAUAUACGCCAUGGAUUCGUGUGGUCCCUCUAAUGCUGUCAAGAACUUGGCACAGUACUCGCUGCGUGACACGUCCCUCCAGAAUGAUGUCGCCCGUGGCCGGGGGCCUAUGGGUCCUCAGUCCUUCAGAAACACCAAUGUGGUGGAUAACAACUUGAACCAACAGUUCCAGGAGUUUAGUGGGGCUCCCACCACCAAUUUUGCCUCGCAGUUCAUGAACCAGUUCAAUCCCGGUACGAUCCAGCGGCCGGGUCCGCCGUCCCAGCUUCCCCAGGCCCAACAACAGGGAUGGGUCAACGACUUCUCGCACAUGUCUUUAGAGCAGAGACAGCAUCAGCAUCAUCAACAACAACAUCAUCAACAACAUCAACAACAUCAUCAACAGCAUCAACAACAACAAUAUCAGCAGGACUGGCACUCCCAGUUCAACUCCCAAACCCGGUCUCAACCAUCCCAACUCUCCCCCAAUUACACCAGCUUCCAGCUCAAUACCCGGAGCAACCUCCGGACCCAUUUCGAGCCCAUUGCCGCCAACAUGACGGAACACAGAGAAACCCACCACUUGGAACAGCAAAAUCAACAAUUCGAACAGCAUUUCCAGGAUAUUGAAAAGGAACUCGCAGCAGACACCUCCGACAAACAAGAGUUUGCCAUGGCUGCCAAGCUGAUUCACACCACUCUAAGCUCCCAGGGACUGCGCAACAACGAAAUGGCCGACAAGUUGAAGAACUCGGAAUUCAUGAAACUCAUGGAUUCGAUCUCCCAUCGGCGGGUCGAAUUAUCCACCCAAGGAGAUAAGUUGGUGGACCAACAAGGCAAUGAUGUCCGAGACGUAGCACUUGCCCACGACCGGGAAGAGACGGUUACCCACGACCGGAUACUGAUAAACGAGCCUUCAACGACUUCCCAUGCCAACCCGAUUCUCACCGGCAACCCCAUGAUGCACUACCACGAUUAUCCUCAUACGGAACAGCAGGUAGCCGACCCUCUGCAAAACAGCCAUCUUCCCGACCCGCUUGCGCACAUUCCAGACGGAAGUCUUGAAGGCAUUUCGGAACCCCUCCAGGCGGCCCGGAUUAUUAGUGGAAAUCAAGUGAAGGCCAGAAACUGGAUGGAAGACGACGAUUUUUUGGACAUGACCGAUGGGAUGAACCAGGUGAGCACCUCUCUUGAUCGGAUGCGCCAGCAAGAAUAUGAAGCGUAUCGGCACGAUGACGAUUAUCAGUAG